AUGGCAAAGCUGCAUGCGUCGUUGCUGGAUGGCUUCCAGGAGGCCCCAGUUUUCGGCGCGCCGAGCAGCAGCAGCGCACUGAGCAGCUUCCUCUUCACCGGGCGCAAGCUUGGGACCCGAUGUCGCGCCUCCUUCGAGUUCAUGGACGCUGAGGGCAACCGAUCCCCAGACCUCGCCGCCUUGGGCGCCCUGCCAACUGCCGCGCCCCCUGCGGCCUUGGUGAAGGCGGCGGAGGUGUCGGCCAGGUACCUGCAAGCCCUUGGCGCCAAGUCCGAGGACCUGAACAAGUGGGCAGGAGACACCAGCACCGGCGAUGCUGCUUCUUCAACCUCCUUGCUGGCAAGAAGGGCAAAAAGGGCAUUCCACAAGGGUGGGCUCGCAGCUCGCACUGGCUUCUCAGAAGGCGACUACGAUGAAGAAAAGCUUCAUAAAGGCAAGAGUCACGAGGAGCACAAGCACGGCGAUGACGACGCAGCGAAGUGGGCAGAUGAAGGGGAAUAUGAUGCUGCCAAGCUUCACGACGACAAAAAACAUGAGGAGAAUGGGGAGCACGAGCAUGGGGAGGACCCGACCAUGAAGGAUCCGGCUACGCAUACAGAAGAAGAGGAAUACAGCCCCAAUAAAAUGGCGGCGUCGGAAGGGGAGCACAAGGCAGAGGGCGAACAUGCUGGAGAUCCCGCCAUGGCAGGGGUUGAGCACAAGGUAGGUGAGCACAAGGCAGAGGGAGAACAUGCUGGAGAUCCCGCCAUGGCAGGGGUUGAGCACAAGGAAGGUGAGCACAAGGCAGAGGGAGAACAUGCUGGAGAUCCCGCCAUGGCAGGGGUUGAGCACGAGGGAGAACAUGCCGGAGAUCCGGCCAUGGCAGGGCUUGAGCACAAGGAAGGGGAGCACGCGGCAGAGGGAGAACAUGCCGGAGAUCCCGCCAUGGCAGCAUUGCACAAAGAAAAGGAAGGUGAACAUGGUGAACACGAGCAUGAAGGGAAGGAAGGUGAGCAUGCCGAAGAAGGAAAGGAAAAGAAGGAGGACCCUCUGGAAGAUGUGAUCGUGGAUCCUGACACUGGUCACAUUCUGGACGGCAAGAGUGGUGAGGAAAUUGACCCGGCGACUGGAGAAAUGCUUGAAGAUGGCAGCUAUGUUGAUGACGCCACAGGCGUGGCCGUGGACCCCUACAAGGGCAGCUUGGGCUGCAGGGAGGGGUCAGGGCACGCCACGCCGGCCAUUCCGCGCCUCUUCAUGGAGCGGAAAGCCGAUGAUGGCACCAGCGACGGCACCGAGCACGACUUCGAUGAGCCGGUCGCUGAUGGGCCCUUCAGGCCGGAUGCCACGGUUGAGGAGCCUGUGCAGCCUGCGCGCACUGGCAGCUCGCCGACCCGGCCUGCUCCACCGAGCUCGCGCCAUCGGAACUAUGCCAUGGACAAGGACGAUCGCUGGCGAUGCGUGGCUUGCCACUCGUCCUACUUCGAGCGCGCUGAGCACGGUUGGAUAUGCAGCUCAUGUGGUGAUGCCAGCUUCUACAUCGCCACGGAGGCGACGAUCAGGGACAACCUCAUGAUGAGCGCCCACGAGGCAGCGACCAACGUGGACAUCAUGAUGUUCCCUGGCAUCCUGGAGGCGGACAUGGAGACCCGGCCUCUCGGCCAUGGCAAGCUGGAGGCGGACCACCCGGACCUCCCGGUUUGGACUACCAGGAGCGCGGCAAGAGCGAGACGCCCACCGAUGACCCGGUUGUGGAUCCUGCUGACCGGCAGCCAGCACGCAGACGCCGGAGGAAGAACAAGAUACAGCCGCAAGGCACACCCCACACGCCUGCACUACGAGCCCAAUCACUGCGCGACACCGCCAAGCAGACCGGCGGCCUUCCAGACGGCCUCACCAAGCGCAAGGUGUCAGACUCCGACUGGAACUCAGCUAAUUAAGGGGCCGACACCCGGCGUGAAGUACCGAGGAGGCGCCCCGCCGCAAGCUCCAUCCUGGCACUAUGACCGCGCCGACCUUCGAGCUUUCGGCAAGUGGAAGAAGAAGGUCGAGAUCUGGAUGCUCCAGAUCAUCAGCUACGUGCCCAGGAAGGAGGCUUUGCUCUUGUACAACUCCUUGAAGGGCGAGCUGGAGGAAGAGCUGGAAGACGCCGACGUCAACCGCAUCUACCACCCAAUGAUCUGUUCACUUAAGCGCAAGCUGCUGAACGACUACGAGCACGUCCAGAGGGUGAACCAGGAGAGCAUGCACUCCUACGUGAAUCGGUACCGGCGUACCGAACGAGCCCUUGAGACCCUGGGGAUUCAGGUGUCCGCCAUGUAUGACGGCGAGGCACGGGGAUCCCGGCUGCUGGACAGGUCAAGACUGCCACCGGAGGUGCAGCGACACGUCCUCAUCGGCACGGGCCAGAGCCUGGAGUACGAGAAGGUGAAGGACACCCUCAGCCGCGGUGGCAAAGGCAAGGAUAAGAAUGGCAAAUCCUACCACCAGACGUGGGUCACGGACACCAUCACCGGCACGGACAACUACACGAACGACGAUGGCGCGGAAGACCCCAACGACAAGUCCGAUUACCCGGACGAGCCAGCCGAGAAUGAUGAAGAAGCUGAUGCCGGCGACUUCGACGAUUUUGAUCCUCAGCAGAUGGCCGAGGUUCUCACUGUCACCGCCCGCAAGCUCAGCGCAAUGGUGCAGGGCCGGAAGUUCACGGGCCAUCCGCGUCGGUCCAUAGAGGACCGGAAGAAGGCUUCCCACUGUGCACAUGCGGCCAACAAGGGCAAAGGCAAGUACCCCAAGGGAGAUAAGCCUAAGGGGGACCACGACAAGGGCAACGACUCCGACAGACCCCCUCGAGCAGUUCAUUUCAUAGACCAUCACUUUGGUUACCAAGCGGAGGCGGACCCUGAGCACCCCUACAACUACUCCCAGAUGUCCCACCAGACCUACGUAACCCAUCACCUCAAGAACUUCCACCCCGAAGUCUUGCUUGCAGACUCCUCAAAGUUAGCGGGUUACAUGGUCCUGGACACUGCCUGCCAAUGCACAUGUGUGGGCGACCUUUGGCUGCAGGCCCAGACCACCAAGCUCAAGUCCUAUGGCAUCGACACUCUUCAGGUGCCUGGGCGGGAAACGUUUGAGUUCGGCAACGGUGACCCCAUCAUCUUGGACACCAAGCACUACAUUCCGGCCACUUUGGGAGGUACCCUUUGCAUGAUCGGGGCCAACUCACUGCCCACCAAGAUUCCCUUGCUUGCAAGCCGACCCCUCAUGACCACCUUGGGCACCACCAUCGAUUUGGCCAACAUGACCGUCAGGUUUGAAACCAUUUGCACAACGACCCCGUUGCACAUGGUCAAUGGUCACAUUGCUGUUUCCAUUGCAGAGUUCAACAAGCACCCCAAGUUGGUUUGCGCAUGGAAAGACAGUUGUGACAGCCUUGCAAGUGAUGCACGUGCCGGAUUGAUCACGGAUGAGGUGCAUGUCGUUGAACGCCAGGCUUCAAGCCAAACACUAGGCCGUAACCCUCCAUCCGAGCAUGCAUCGCCGGUCGCCGCCCUCAUGGCUGCGACGAUGGAGGCACAUGGUCUCACGGACCCUCACGUGGGCACGUCAAGCCCAACGCUUCCUUCGAGGAGUCAGCCUGGCCCAGAUCGAGAAGGUCACCACUACGGCGACAUCAAGCACUUCGGUGGCCACGGGACAACCUACAACGACGCGGAUCACAUCGGUGGCCACACCUACGAGCUCGACAUGCCCCCAUCAGCCAAGGCCAAGACCAAGGCGAAACCUACGAGCCGCCCGACUGGCUACAACGACCACCUGGACACCUUCAGACUUCUGGAACCAGCAGCACCCAGCGAGAUGUCAUGGACCCACGACGACCAGCCCCAGACGGAGGAGACGUCGGACAGCGACUACGUGCUCGCGGUCGAGAGGAAGAUCUACGAUGGCAUCAAGCCCCAGUUCACCAACGGCAACUUGGUGGACGUCAUGGAGGCCUUCGAAGGAAGCGCCGAAGUUUCUUACUUGGCGCCCCGGUACAACCUCAGAGUCAGCUUCCCGAACUGCCCUGCCAACGUGACCAGAGAAACCAGGUCAGCGGUGGCAAGACUACAUUUGAACUUGGGGCACCCCACGGAGAAGGAGCUCAUCAGACUCCUUGCAUGGCAAGGCGCCGCAUCUGAACUCAUGAUCACUGCGGUCAAGCACAUCCACUGCGGCAGUUGCCAUCGCCUCAAGAGAAUCCCACGACCACGACCGACGACUAUGCCCAACAACGUUGGCCAGUUCCACGAUUUCCUCCAAGCAGAUGUUUUCUGGUGCCGAGACCUGACCGGCACCAACUUUCCCAUCCUCGGGAUCAUCGACCACUCCACCUUGCUACAUCAAGCGCAACGGCUGCCUGACUUCUACCCGGAGACCACCAGCGAGGCCUUCUGGUGGCUGUGGUGUAAGCCUUACGGCUACCCAUAUAACCUGCGCAUUGAUCAGGGUGGCAAUUUUGGAGGUCACUUUCGCGACUACAUGCAGGCCAACGGCGUCUACAUCCAGGUCAUCCCGGCUGAGGCUCACUGGAGGCUUGGUUUGAUCGAGCGCCGGAACAGCAUCCUGCGGGACACCUUGGAGCGGAUCAUCGACUCCCAGGCCAUCACCGAUGCCGCAGGGCUCGACCUUGCCGUGGACGCGGCGGCCCACGCCAUCAACAGCUUCACCUACAGCCACGGCAGGCCUGCGUACAUGGCCGUCUUCGGCCAGAUUCCUCGCGUUCCUGGAGGAUUGCUUCAAGAUGACAGAAGCAUUUGUUACCAGCCGGAGAAGACCGACAACUUCACCCGGCCGGAGAUCCUGAGGGCGGCAGCAGUCAAGGCACUGGCAGAGAUCAACACAUCCAGUGCUUUGCAACGGGCUUUGCUCAGGAAGACGGCCACUACGGUCCCUCGCGACCUCGAGCCCGGCCAGACCUGCGCCUACUGGAGGUGGCAAAACCCCCGCGGGCGAACCACUAGAAAAAGAGGAGGAUGGGUCAUGGCACGCUUCCUCUCCUACGACCCGGACAACAAAUCUGCAUGGGUCCACGUCGGCAGCACCACGACCCAGGUGAGCAUAGAGCAAAUUCGCUCCACCAGCGGCUUCGAGUCAUGGACACCCAGCCAGGAGGACGUCAAGAUCCUCCACGACGCCGCGAAGAACAUUCGCCAAGACAUGUGGGAGGACCACAGAUCUGGUGCACCACCGCCAGACGAGGACAGCUACGACUACCAGUUCGAGCCCACUGAAGCUAUGCUGCAUGAGAUUCACGGCAGCCUUGAACCACCACCUGCCUCGUGGGACGGCAGUGAAGAUCUGGCACGGCACACGCCAUGGCACUGCACCCUUCACGCCAAGUACGCUGCGGAGAUCCUCAACCAAGAGGAGUACGACGUCCUCAAGGCAGACCUCAUGGGUGGCCAGGACACCGACAACGACGACUCUUCGGGAGAUGAGGCCAAAGAACCAACCAAGCGCUUCAUGACCCGCAAGGAGUCCAAAGCCCUGGAGCGGGAGAUCCCCUGGAGAAAGGUCAUGCAGCUCCCCGCCGACCAGCUGCAGCAGUACGUGGAGGCGGCACGCAAGGAAGAGCGCGCCUGGCAGACAUGGGGUUCAGUCGAGCCCGUCGGACACGCGGAGGCCAAGAAGAUCAUGGCCGACCCCGGGAUGAGGACGAGAAUCCUUAGGAGCCGAGCUUGCUUCCGCAACAAGAGCAAGCUACCCGACAAGCUGGUUGCCAAAGCCAGAGUGGUGGCCCUUGGACACCUCGACCCCGACCUUCAGAGUACGUCCUCCUCGCGGUGUACGCCGCCGGUGUCAACGGCCAGUUGCAGAACUCGCCCACCAAGUGGCUCUUGUGGAGCGGUGACGCCAGCACGGCGUUCUUGCAGGGAGAACCAGAGCCUCGUGAACCGCAAUGGUCGCUCGGAACUUUGCUGCAUGAUGAUAGUGUACGUGGACGACUUCCUUGUCACCUGCGCCCAGGACUACGACAAGACGGAGCUCACCGACCUCUUUGAGUGGGGCAGCCAGAAAGAGCUUCUGCUUUCCGAACCGCUGGACUUCAAAGGCAAGGAGUUCACGCUGCAGAAGAAGGGCAAGGACUUUGUCUUGAAAGUCACCCAGAGCAAGUUCCUCAAGAGCACGCCCUCGCCCGACACCAAGAUCCUUCGUGGCCGCCAUGAAGAACCACUGACCGCCCAGGCCCCGAGCUGGCCGCAUGGGUCAGCCUCGCUGUCCCUACUCUACGAGGCCCUGAACUACGCGCUUGACACGCCGGACCAGGGCCUGACCUUCGGCAACGUUGCGAUCAACGACGCCACUAAGUUCGCAUCCCAGCAGGGCUGCAUCGUGAUGAUCACAGCCCCUCAGUGCACAGAGACCAUCACAGCUGGCAACGUGGUCGACUGGCGGUCACACCGGUCAGCCCGAGUGUGCCGGAGCACACUUGCCGCAGAGGCAUGCUCAUGCAAUGACGCUGUGGACCGGGCCUACUACAUCAACAUCACCUUGGCCGAGAUCCUCAAGGCAGAACCUGCCCAUCGCACAACCUUCCAUGGUUUGACGAAGUGCAGCAAGGCACUUCUGCUGGAAUUUGCAGCAUGGCUGAAACAGCCAUACGUGAAGCUCACUGACAAGGCCACGCGGUCAGCCGCCUUUGCAUGA